AUGGAGGUCCUCUCAGGGAGUACUAAUAUUAUUCAGUUAGCAUGCUUUUCGUGGAAGAGGAAUGAGGAUGUAAAGUUGAAGAGCUCCCCAGGCUUAACAUCUUUCUUGGAUAAUUGCGUUGCUAAAUAUGAAGGAUUCGCUCAUGUGCCAAAGCCAGCUCGGGGAAGCCUUCCUGGACUCCUGAUCAACCAGGACAAUCACGACACGAGCUUAAGCGAGCGGAACGUCGAAGGAGGAUCUUGGGGAUGA